AUGGGGCACGAAGGCUUCGACGGCUUCCGAAUCGAGCUCAAGAAGUUCUCGAGCGGGCAAUCGAACCCGACCUUCUUGCUCGAGGUUCACCUUUCGCCGCCGCCAGCAGCGGCAACAUCAACAACAACAACAACAACAACCAGCAGCAGGGCCAACAACCAAAGAAGGUUCGUUCUCCGCAAGAAGCCAGCGAGCGUCACCGUCUCGUCCGCCCACGCGGUCGAGCGGGAGUUCCGCAUCCUCCGCGCUCUGCGGCUCGACCCGGCCUCCGACGUCCCCGUCCCCCGACCCCUCCUGCUCUGCGAAGACCCCGCCGUGAUCGGCACCCCCUUCUACGUCAUGGAGUUCGUGCAGGGGCGCAUCUUCUCCGAUGCCGCGCUCCCGGGCCUGGCGCCGGCCGAGCGGGCGGCGGCGUACGAGAGCGCCGCGGAGACGCUGGCCAGGCUGCACCACGUGGACUUCGUGCGGGCCGGCCUGGGAGGGUUCGGGAGGGGCGAGGGCGGGUACCUGGGGCGGCAGGUGGCCACGCUCGAGAGGGUGGCUGCGAAGCAGGCGGAAGACGCAGGGCCGAUCGAAGGGUUCGAUGGUAUCGUGCGAGACCUGCGAGAGCUCAUCGCUUCGGGAAGCGUGGUCCAGGACCGUGUUGCAAUCGUCCACGGCGACUUCCGAAUCGACAACCUCGUCUUCCACCCGACGGAGUCGCGCGUCAUCGCCGUCCUGGACUGGGAGCUCUCGACGCUCGGCCACCCCCUGGCCGACCUCGCGAACCUGUGCAUCUUGCACCACUUGCCGGCAUCGGCGGUGGCGAUAGCGUCGGCAGCGGCAGCACCAGCGGUAGGGGCAUCGAGAAGGGCCGGAGCAGGAGCCGCUGCACGCGCCGGGUCAACGGAGAACAGACGUCCGUCGACCCUGUCUCCCCCUCCGUCUACCACGUCUCCGCUCGCGGGGUUGAAGGGGUUAGACCUCAAGGCCCUCGGGAUUCCGCAGCAGUCGGAGCUCAUGGCCGCCUACCGAAGGGCUGCUUCCACUCUCGCUGACGGCGGUAGCGGUGGCGGCGGCGACCCUACUAGAGGGGUGGCCGGGCCGGGCGUAGCCGAACUCGGCCUCGCGUUCGUGUUCUUCAAGAUGGCGGUGAUCGCGCACGGGGUCAAGGCCCGACAGUUCCGGGGCGUGGCCAGCUCUGCCCAGGCGUCCCUGGUGUCCGCCAUGGUACCAGCGAUGGUCGCCCUCGCCAAGGAGCAGGUUUCGAACCUGAGGCGUGUCCUGGCGGCCGGCGGGGGUAACGGCGGCGGCGAGGAUAGCGGCAGCGGCGGCGGCGGCGGCCGAAAAAGGGGCUCGCCGCCGCCGCUCGCGCGGCCAAGGGCGGUAUUUUUCGACGUGGGCGGGGUCCUCUCCGAGUCUCCGUUGCUGGCGAUCCUGAGGUUCGAGAAGGAGGCGCUCCUGCCGCCGUCGUACGUGGGCGUCGCGAUCGCCGCCGCCGGCCAGGACGGCCUAUUCCAGAGGCUGGAAAGGGGCGAGGAGCGGCUGGGGGACCGGUUCUUGGAACGGUUCGAGGAGUACCUGGUGGGCGACGAAGCGAAGCGCGCAUACGUGGGCUGGUGCGUCGCGCGGCGGCGGUGGCGGCGGCCGACGAUCGGCAAGGACAAGACGCCGUCGUCGUCGACAUCCCCAGCGGGCGGGAAGGGGGGGCAAUCUUGUGCAAGCUCUGCGCCCCGGGCAUCGACUAACGUCGCCACUCCGAGAGAGCGCGGAGGAGGAGGAGGAGAAGGAGGAGAAGGAGGAGGAGAUGCCGGGCAGGGAGCGAAAGAGGAGGCGGAAGCAGCGGUAGCGAGCGUCGUGGCUGUGGACGUGCGGGAGCUCUUCCAGCGCAUCACGGCAGCGGCGAGAGUUCCGGUCCCCGAGAUGAUCGAUGCGGCGCAAUCGCUGCGACGGCAAGGCUUUCUGGUGGGCGCGGUGUCCAACGACUUCCUGGUCGAGCGGGGGUUCGCUCUCGGCCGACCACGGCGGCGUGACGACAAGCCGGGGGUGCGCGCAGCCGAAGCUGCAGUAGCGGCGGCGGUGAAGGCCGAGGCCGGCGGCGGCAACGACGGCGGCAGCGGUAGUGGCGGCGGCGGCGGCGUGUACUCUCGCCUCCCCGACCUGUGCGACGUGGUGGUGCUCUCGAGCGCGACCGGCUCGCGCAAGCCCUCCCGAAAGAUCUACGACGACGCCUGCCGAGCGCUCGGGGUUUCCGCCCCGGAGGCGGUGUUCGUGGACGACAUCCGCGAGAACAUAGUCGCCGCCGAAGCUCUGGGCAUGAGGACGGUGUGGAUGGCCUCCGGGGGAUCGAUCGCCGCCGCCCUCUCGGAGUUGGAGGCGGUCACGGGGGUGAAGUUGGCUGCUGGCGGGGGUGUUCGUCGACCCCCUGGCAAGCUUUGA